AUCACUCACGUACAUUCAUACACGUACAAACGGUCACAUAGAGAUAACCAAUAGACACGACAAGUCACACGAUAAGAUAUAGACAAUAUGCCAGGAAAAGAUACUAUCACCUCUUCUGGCCAGAACAGCCAGGGAAACAGCUAUGACACUCGUGUAGACUCUGGCGGUAACAGCGGUUAUCAUUAUUCUAACUCUAAUGGUUCGUAUUAUUACUCGAAUACCAAUGGAUCCUCUUAUUACAACACGGGAAAUGGGUACGCUUCGUACACCUCCCCUCAGGGCCAGUCGACUCAGUACUACGGCUCGGCAGCUAAGAAAUGAUCGUUUGAUCUGUCGACUUUUUCUUUGAUGGAAAUCGCAUCAUAUGGACGAAUCUUACGACGACAAUCUGGAUCUAGACGAGAUUAGGAGGAAGGUAUCGAUGUGACGAAGACGAUGCAAUUGUUAAAGAUGGUG